UGAAAGCAGCGCGCUGGUACCCGCACCGCCUCCUCCCGCACCGCUGAGGAGUGAAAAAUCCCCUUUUCCUCAGCGGAGAGGAGCUAAACCCGGACCAGGAGUGUGGACGUCAGACCAGCAGCUGGACCGGAACCUGUGGACCUGGAUGGAUGUAAACGGACCUCAGAGCAGCUGCAGCCUCCAGUGUGAUGCAGCUGUGUGAUGUCCGCCGAGCAGGAUGGGCAACAAGCAGACCACGUUCACCGACGAGCAGCUGGAGGCCUAUCAGGACUGCACCUUCUUCACCAGGAAAGAAGUCCUGCGGCUACAUGGCAGGUACCGAGAGUUGGCUCCUCACUUAGUGCCGCUGGAUUACAACAACCCCGACAUCAGAGUUCCUCUGACGCUCAUCGUCAGCAUGCCGGAGCUGAAGGAGAACCCGUUCAGAGACAGAAUUGUGGAGACGUUCUCUGAGGACGGACAGGGGAACCAGAGCUUCAACGACUUUGUCGACAUGUUUUCUGCCCUCUGUGAAACUUCACCCAGAGAGCUCAAGAUCAUCUACGCCUUCAAGAUUUACGACUUCAACAGGGACAACUUUAUCUGUAAGGAGGACCUGAAGAAGACUCUGAACAAGCUGACCAAAGGCGAGCUGACCCCAGAGGAGGUCAUCCUGGUGUGCGAUAAAGCCAUCGAGGAGGCCGACCUGGACGGAGACCACAAGCUGUCCUUCGCCGACUUUGAGAACAUGAUCUCAAAGGCUCCUGACUUCCUGAGUAACUUCCACGUACGAAUAUGAGACUGCUGAGAUCCUGCAGAGCGAAGACGUCUCACUUUGUCCCCAUUUCCUGAUCCGACUGGUCUUCACACUCCAGACUCCACCUGAACCUCAG